AUGAUUGAACUGCAUACUGUGAAGAGCUGUGAAUUUUUGGGAUUGUUGGCCUCUAGAGGAAUGGAUUUAUGGAAUGUGGACCUUGAAUCUCGGUCACCUUUGAAACUGAAAAUGUUGUACAGGCCACCAGCAUUUUUGCGCCGUUUCCUUCACAAAUUUGAUGUCCUCAUUCUCAAUACUGGACACCAUUGGAAUAGAGGGAAACUUAAGGCUAACCGUUGGGUCAUGUAUGUAGGGGGUGUGCCUAAUAGCAAUAGGAAAAUUGCAGAUAUAGCAGGCGCCAAAAACUUUACAAUUCAUAGUAUUGUCAGUUGGGUAAACUCACAGCUACCAAAAUAUCCGGGUUUGAAAGCAUUCUACCGGUCUAUCUCACCCAGGCAUUUCUUUAAUGGAGAUUGGAACACUGGAGGUACCUGUGAUAAUACCACCCCACUCUCUGAUGGGAAGGAAGUUCUACACGACGAAUCUAGUGAUCCUCUUACUGCAGAGGCAGUGAAAGGAACACACGUUAAGCUCUUGGAUAUUACAGCUCUAUCUCAGCUGAGAGAUGAGGGUCAUAUAUCUCGAUACAGCAUUAAAGCCACACCAGGAGUACAGGAUUGCUUGCAUUGGUGCUUACCUGGUGUUCCGGAUACAUGGAAUGAGAUUGUUUUUGCACAGCUGUAGUUCAACAAAGCUGGCAUUUAGUUUCAAACUCUUACGAUAUGUCUUGAAAAGAUGGGAUUCCCUCUUAAAUAUAUUUAUUUCAAAAUGUUGUUUGGACUGAUGCAAGUGUCCUUUUUCAUGUAUAUUAUUAAUUAUUUUUAUUUCCUUCCAAUAAAGUUUUCAUGUUCUAAGUUUUUAUGGAACCUCUAACAAAGGAUCUAUGAGGAACCCUAGAAGAUUUGUGUAUCCUUGAGUUGUAUGCAGGACCAGAGGCUGUUUGAGCUGCCAAUAAUGUUCUUUAAACCUUUU